AUUGAACGUUUAAAAGGUCUUGUUCCAUUAGAUUCGUCCACAGUCCCUGAAAUUAUUGCCGGUUUUAUAACGCAAAAAUGGCUGCUACUUCUCCGGUUUUUUUGCGUCUAAUGGCUAAUGCGGUGGCUGUUGCCAACCAUGCAGGCAACAUCAUUCGGGAAGUCAUGAGCAAAGGGGACCUUGGUAUUGUUGAAAAGGGAGUGAAUGACCCUCAAACUGAGGCUGAUCGCAGAGCCCAACAGUGUAUUAUUGGCAACCUCAACAAAAAAUUCCCAUUAAUGAGUGUUAUUGGAGAAGAAGAUCUUGCCCAGGAAAUUGAUGUUGAAUUAGUCAGUGAUAUUGAUAAAGAAGUUUUGAAUCUUAAAUGCCCAGAAGAUCUUGUCAAUGUUACAGAAGAAGAUUUUGUUGUGUGGGUGGAUCCACUUGAUGGUACAGCAGAGUACACUGAAGGCAUGCUGGACCAUGUGACAGUAUUGAUUGGUAUUGCUCACAAAAAUCGUCCAGUUGGAGGGGUAAUUCAUCAGCCUUACUACAACUACAAAAACGAUAAGGCAGGACUUGGGCGAACUCUGUGGGGUAUUCCGGGAGUUGGCGUUGGUGGAUUCAACCCUGUUGCACCACCAGAAGGAAAACGUCUGGUUGUAACAACACGUAGUCAUAUGACACCCGUAGUUCAGCAAGCCCUGGAUUCCCUAAAACCAGACGAAAUCCUGAGAGUCGGGGGAGCUGGAUAUAAAGUUAUGCUGUUAAUGGAAGGAAAAGCCACAGCUUACGUGUUUGCAAGCCCUGGCUGCAAAAAGUGGGACACUUGCGCCCCAGAAGCAAUUUUGACUGCAAUGGGUGGUCGUCUUACCGACAUACACGGAGAUGCCUACUCGUAUGCUUCAACAGAGAUGCACCCCAACAGGCGAGGGGUUCUAGCCGCUGCCAAAUCUGACGACCACAAAUGGUUUGUCGAAAAUAUUCCAGACGCUGUUAAACAACUCGUCAAGUCUUAAUAGCAAUUCUUUUUUUCAAAGUCCACUGCCCUUACAUAACUAUUCCAUUUUAAAUUUCCAGAGAACUAUUUUAACCGUUCAAAAUUAGUAGAAUUCAUUUUGUUUAGCAGAGAAAACAUACGAAAAGACCAGUCAUCAGAGGCGAUUCUAGUACUUGUUGCUCGUUAGGAAGCUUUUUAAUGACCUAUGAUAUUUUUGUGGUUUCAGUUUUCCAAUCAACUGACUACAUGACUGCCCAUUUUGUUUACUUUCGAUUGUUGGCGUCGCCCAUAACUUACAGAAUACAUACUAGAGAAUACUAACGAA